AUGAAUGAUCAGAGAGGUAAAGUUUGUGUGCUCUCGAUUGAUGGCGGAGGAAUGCGGUGUAUUCUCGCCGGAAAAGCAUUAGCUCACCUCGAAAACGCUUUGAAAGAGAAAUCCGGUGAUCCAGAUGCAAGAAUCGUGAAUUAUAUCGAUGUUGCCGCGGGUACCGGUGUCGGAGGUGUUUUCACGGCGAUGUUGUUUGGAAGCGAGAAUAAGACGGUUCCGAUUUUUAAAGCGGAGGACACGUGGCGGUUUUUGGUGAAGGAAGGGAAGCGGUGGUAUAAUGGUGGUGGUGGUGGUUUGUUAACAAGGAUCUUUCGUGGUAGAGGCGGAGGCGGGGGUGGUUUACGGCAUGCCACGGUAGCAUUUGAAAAGUCAAUGAAAGAAGCGUUUGUGGUCAAUGGACGGAGUUUGACUUUAAAAGACACGUUGAAGCCGGUCUUAAUCCCUUGCUAUGACCUCGCCAGCUCGGGCCCAUUUGUUUUUUCCCGAGCUGACGCUUUGGAAACGGACAGGUUCGACUUCCGGCUCUGGGAGAUCUGUCGUGCCACGUCAGCCGAGCCAGAAGUAUUCAAACCUGUUCUCAUAAAGUCUGUGGAUGGGAAAACCAGAUGUAUCGCGGUUGACGGGGGGUUAGCAAUGUGUAACCCCACCGCAGCCGCGAUAACUCACGUGCUACACAACAAGCACGAGUUUCCACACACUCGUGGAGUGGAGGACCUUUUGGUACUUUCACUAGGAAGCUUUCAACCUCUUGAAGGAAAAUUAGAUUAUGAGCAAGUGAAAAGGUGGAAGGCUAGAGGCUGGACUCGACCGAUGGCUCGAAUUAGUGGUGAUUGUUUGGGGGACAUGGUGGAUGAUGCCGUGGCGAUGUCGUUCGGUCAGAAUCGUUGUAGUAACUAUGUUCGUAUCCAAGUGUAUUCAAACAAAGGUCCGAAUGUUGAUGCGGAUCCUAGUGUUAGCAAUUUGAUAGAAAUUGCUAAUGAAAUGCUGAAGCAAAAGAAUGUUGAAUCUGUGAUGUUUGGUGGUAAGAAGAUAGGAGACCACACCAACUUUGAAAAACUUGAGUGGUUUGCCGGUGAAUUGGUGUCGGAACAUCGGAGGAGGAGUGGUCGAUUUGUUCCCACUAUUGCAUUCAAGCAAACCACAACAUAAAUAAACAAAACAAAAAAGGUAUGAAACUAAAAUUUAACUUUAUAUA